AUGUCGACUCAGCCAGAAGAUCCGGCUCCCCAGAUCGGGAAGCUCGUCAGUGUCGUUCCUGUUGGGUUGAAAGAGGCUGCUCUCGAUUCGCCGACGUUCCGUGCUACGACACUCCAUUACACCGAACAGAUCGACGCCCUUGAGAAAUGGCUCGAAGGUUACUCCAAGGCUGCCACAAAGCUCAUGGCGGAGUUCUCGCCGCUGGAGAGUGCAAUGGCCAACUACAUGUCCUUCGCGGCGGUGACCCCUCCCAUAUCCGAAGCUGUGGUCGAUCAUGAUUACGCACUGUUAGCACUGAAGAAAUGCGGUGACACCACUAGGGAUCUAUGGAGUGCGACAGUCAGCGCAAUGCGGAAGCUAGAUGCGCAUAUUACGGAACCCAUCAAAAAUUUCAUUAAUAUUGAUCUGAGGAAUUUCAAGGAAACGAGACGCACUCUUGAGCAAGCGCAGAAGCAAUACGAUUAUUUGCUAUCUAGAUAUCUAUCCCAGUCCAAAUCCAAAGAGCCUUCGUCUCUGAGAGAAGACGCCUUCCAGCUUCACGAGGCACGCAAAGCUUAUCUCAAGGCAUCCUUGGAUUUCUCCGUACAAGCUCCGCAACUCCGAAAUUCUCUAAACAGGCUUCUCGUACGAGUGUCGGCUGAUCAAUGGCGCGAGUUCAAAAUAUUACAUGAAAAUAACGGCGCAAUGUUCCUGAAGUGGAUGCAGGACAUGGAUCGCAUCAAAGGCUGGAUUCACGAAAUGGAUGGCACGGAAAGAUCUUCAAAGCGGCAGUUGAUGAGUGCAAGGAGGCAGAUUGAAGAGUCAGCAGAGACUGCCGUCCGGCCAUCCCGCGAGCUCGAUGAUUAUUCUGUAUCCACUGUCCCAUACCUUGGCUCUCGCCCUCCGCCAACACUUGACACGAAAGAUAUCCGGCCGGAGAAGCAGGGAUGGCUAAAUCUACGGACGUUAUCGGGUAAACCCAGUCGGACCGUUUGGAUAAGGCGCUGGGCUUUUGUGAAAAACGGCAUAUUCGGAUGCCUCGUACUGGGUUCUCGAACAGGCGGCGUUGAGGAAACUGACAGGAUUGGUGUCCUGCUCUGCAGCGUUCGACCGGCCUUCCAGGAAGAUCGGAGAUUUUGCUUCGAAGUGAAGACCAAGAGCGACAGCAUAAUGCUUCAAGCAGAAACCCAGAAGGAACUGAUGGAUUGGAUUGGGACAUUUGAAGCCGCCAAACAAAAAGCGCUAGACAACCCCGCGAGUACCGAUCUCUCAAUCUCAGGGAAAUUCAAAGUUCGCGACCCGGCCUUUUCUGUAUCCCAGCCUCCAGCCCCCGAAUUCGCUGCUAGCCCUUCCGACUCUCUCAUUCACGCGAAUGACGAACAAGCACCCUCAGAGCGCAACGGGAACCUUGCUCUUCCAGACCGGGAUGUAACUCCUUCUAGAAUCAGCAGCGAUCUUGGCAGCGCCAGGCGGUAUACUGGAACGGACUCAGAACACUCCGCGCGUGAGCACACAUCUCGAAUUAUCCAGAAGUUGGAUCUCCACCGCAGGUCCAAUGUUCAAGCACAGCCAGGCCCUCGCCCGCAGAGCCCUAGUGGUGGUUUAGCAAAUCUUAUUUCCGCCAGCCAUAGUAUAAUUCUUCCUCCACCAACCACUGGGGUCGAUGAAUUUAAUAGAGGCCGCGCGGUUAACUGGGAUGGGCCUGCAACAAGUCUUGCACCUCCCACCUUGGUCAUCCCGCCCGCCCCCACUAACCUGAGCACUGCUGCUGUCUUUGUGAGUAAUGAGAGAAGAAUUGGCCUAGGGAGUGAUGGCAAAGGAGGGAUGCCCAGUGGCAUGAUGGCGAAUGUGUGGGGUAGCUCAAACUGGAGCUUAGUCAAUAAGCUAGAGCGAGACGACUCGGUACCCCUUGCAGCUACACCUGAUAGGGGGCUUUCUCAAACUAGAAGGUCUUCUUCUCCAUUACGAGACUCAUCAUCUACACGUCGGCCGCCGACUGCCGGGUCCCGCCACCGGCAGACUUUCAGCGUGGAUGCAGAUGCGGAUGGGACGCAGUGGACCAACAUGGGUGCUUCAUACGAGUACCCAAGCUACUAUCCUCAACAGCUCCGGGCGCAGGAUGCACAGUUCCGGUUACUCUUCCCUGAUAUCAAGAGAGAAGAGCCUUUAGUUAUGGUCUUCAGAACAACUUGGAACCCGAAUGACCAACAAGAGUUCCCUGGGAGAGCUUACAUCACAACUAAAAAUAUUCAUUUUUACAGUCACUAUCUCGGGUUAGUUUUGACUGGCGUAAUCCCGCUAAACACCAUUACGGAUGUAACUGCUGCUCAGGGAAGAGACUGUGACUUCCUCUUCCUGCAUACAUACCCUGUCCGGGGAAGCGACACUCCGGGCAGACUUACUCUGAAGACAUUCCUUGAACCACUGAAGCUCUUGCAAAGGCGGGUCGCAUUUCUAGUUCAAGAGUCGACAAGCUCUGAACCCUUGUCAUUGGAGGCCCUUCUUAAAGCCUUGACCAAAAUGGAAACGGACGCACCGACCAGAACCCCUAGUUCGGAUAGCUGGGAAGACCUCUCUUUGCAGCCUACCCUGGAUGGCGAGGUUCCUGGUAACGGAACUGGGCGUCAACGGUCUGGAACGGAUAUUCGAGUACCUAUUUACAUCGAGAAGGACUUGGAUAUCGGCAAAGCUGGCCGUCGGAAAUUCAGGUUGCCCAAUCAACCUGUUCAGUAUGUUCCGGAAGGGGGUCUUCAUGUUGCUGCGGAGAAGGUGCUGGAUAUUAGCGCCAAAGCAUUGUUUCACGUUCUCUUUGGAGACAAAAGUGCUGUCUGGCAGCGUCUCUUAUAUGAACGAAGAGCUGAAGGAAUCAAACAAGGGCCGUGGGCUCCUACGGAAUCUCGGCGUCUUAGACGGGAUAUUCAAUAUCAGAUCGAGACAUCGGAUUGGUUGGGACGGUCCCAAUUGAUCACGAUUUCAGAUUAUCAAAUCAUAGAUGUUUUCAAUGACCAUCUAUGCUACGUAGUGACUGACAAGCGAUCGCCAUGGCAUCUUCCUUUCAGACGCUCCUUCAUGCUGGUCAGCAAGGUCGUGAUCACCUUCGUCUCCAAAUCAAGAAGCAAGCUUGCCGUGUAUACGAAUGUUGAGUGGCUACGAUAUCCUCCUCGCGCUCUCACAAGUAUCAUUGACAAGCAAGCGAUGAAGGAUCUGGAGCAAGAUGCCUUGGAUCUGGUAGACCUUGUUAGCGAUCAGGUGAGAAGACUGGGAGCGCAUAGUCGAACCAAGAAGGCCAUUUCCAUCUUUGGCCAUGUGGGACGGCAGAACCACGUCACCGAAUUUACAGGCCUAGGGAUGAAUGCGAAGCUCGAACCUCGCAAGCCUCGCACCCAGAGAACUCUGGUCCAGCUCCUAUUGGAGAUUACCAUCUCAUUCAUGGAGACUGCCAUUUCAGCGGUAAUGUUAUGGACAUUCGUCGUCCUUCGCUGGAUCUGGAAGACUGCCAGUGCCAAUAAAGUUAUAUUAUUUCUACUAUUGUCGAGCGCGAUCUUGAAUGCCUUCUACUCAACCCGCGAUGCGCGCGAUUGGUGGCAAGAACGAAACGCCCGCAAUUUUAUGGCCCGCCUAGGAGUCAACGCGGACCAUGUGAUGAGUAAAGCCAUUUACAUGAAAGAUAUCGAUGAGGCUCUCGCCAAUUCAACGGUGUGGCCAGUGGAUGAUAGCAACUCGAGUGAUUGUUUCUCUACAUUCCACGAUCAGAUCAUCCAGCAGAACAACGAACUUGCCCCUCAUCCAGCAUCAAGUCUGAAAGAUACGGUAUCAAGAAUGUCUGUCCAGCGGUUCCAACGCACGCGUGAGCGACUUGGCAUAUACCGACAUGAUCUUAUCGUGGCACUUCGUGUGGUCAAUAGUAUUGAGAGGGAGCUCGUCCAGAACGAAUGGGAGCGUUGGCUUCGACAAGAACUUCGACGCUGUCGACAGGUUGAGACUCUCCUUCAAGAGGACCAUGGCGAAGAAGAUACGGUCAAAAGCCGGCCGACGCAGGGCGUGUUUGCAGAGCAUACGGAUGAUGUAAAGGGCUGGUAUGACGUUUAUUGUACCAGUUGUCAACAGGAACAGGAGCAAGUUGACCUGGGUCAUACUGGUCAUGGAACAGCACAGCCCUUGAUCCUGUACACAGAGUGA